AUUGACCCCCCUGCUUUACUCAGCGUGCAGUGAAAGGGAGCGAUGCAUGACCUAUGCACCAGACCGGAACCCCCUGAACCCUUGCAGCACUUCUCCCCUAUAACUGCCUCCAGUGUGGGUGAACCUGAACCUCCAGCUGGACCAGAACAUCCCGAGCAAGAGAAGCCUGAAAAGGAGAAGGGAACGUCAGACACUGUGAACAUGGCAAACCUGGGCCGCAGUACCAUAACCAACGGGAAUGCCAGCAUGCUCGGAAAACGUCACCAUUCUCUGUAUGGGGAUUUUAACAACCAUGAGGCGCAAGGGUUCAGAAAGUGUCAGAGCUGAGGAUUGUUAUUUUGGGGAAAAGUUUUCCACAGACCUCCACUGUGGGAAACCUCAUCCUGGGCAAAUCAGUGUUUGAGACUGAAGAUCCUCCCCAUUCAGUAGAGUUUCACUGUGAUAUUGUCGGAGGUCAUAUGGAGGGAAGAUACAUCAUCAUCAUCAACACACCUCAUCUGUACGACCCUAAACUCUCUAAUGAGGAGCUGAAUCGUAAAAUAAAAAAGUGUGUUUCACUUUCUAGACCUGGACCUCAUGCAUUUUUACUUGUGGUACAGCCUCAUGACUUUACACAGAAAGACAGAAACCUACUGAGAUACAUCCUGAACUCCUUCGGCGAUCAAGCCAUAAACUACUCCAUUGUGAUAAACACAGACAGUGGGUUUAAUACAUCAGAAGAUGAAUCAAGAUUCACUGCCAUUCAGGAGUUAACAGAGGAAUGUCAUGGGAGGCAUCACAGUUUUUCACAGUUACACGAAUCGAGCAGGAGCUCAGUUUGUCAGCUGUUUGAGAAGAUAGAGAAGUCGUUUAAACCUGAUGACUUGACCGCUCACCAGAAACAAGAUGAGCAAGCAGUACAAGGACCGGGAGUGCGGCUCUUCUCUCAGUAUCUUCAUGUGGAAACCAGAUCAUCGACAACAAUGAGUAAACAAGAUAAAAUUCAGAGGGACUUCCUUCUUCCGGAUCUCAAAAAAGAUGGGGUGAAGCUUUAUCUCCAGAAGAUCAGAAAAGUUGCUUCAGAUAACAGGGGGUCAGAGAUUAAACUGAAAAAGGUAGAAGAAUACCGUUUCAAGGUCGGAACUUUGGAAGAAACAUCGUACAAAGAUGAGCCCGACAUGAUCGAUGAGUGGGAGCAGUUCUACCUCCCAGAACACAUGUUCAUGGAGGUGAUUGGUGUUUUGGAGGAGUUCACCGAUGAUGAUGAUCUGGUGCUGAUGGUGUGUGAGGACGAGAAGGUGUUUGCUUUUGAAGAUGAGACGCUGCAUCUCGUCUCAAACAACCUCGAAGAGCUGUUUAAGAACGGCCUCCAGUUUCCAGGAACCGAAAUGUAUUACCGUGGGCAAACCUUUGAGUACAUGACCGAAGAAGAUUGGGACAGGGUGAGGGAAUCAGACGGAUUGAAGGAGAAGAGGAAGGAAGACCAGGAACUGCUGGAGAGUAUGAAGGAGUCCUUUAUCAACAACCUGAACAUCAUCAUGGGGAGAAAGCGAGUCGUGCCAAUCCCUGAUCCUGAGGAAAAGCCAUUAGUGUCUGUUUGAAACAUGCAGUAAGAUUAAAAUCAUCUGGGUUUGGAUCA